ACAUGCAGAACAGAGGCGGAUGAGAAACAGGUCCCUUUGAGGUUCCAAACUGCGGUCGAAAUGGCGCUAAAGUCGUCGUUGUCAGUCGGUGACAUUCUCAAGCUGUCACAUACAGCAUGGAAGCUAGGCAGGGCGUUCACUCGGGGCACGAAGGGAGCGCCGAGCGAGUUUGCGGAAGUUGAAAGAGAGCUGAAUGGUCUGAGCGAGGCGUUGAAAUUAGUGGCGGAAUCACUGCACGAAGAUGAUAGCAUCUUGUCGCAGGCCGAAGACCAGACGAAGCAUGCCGUAAAUACCAUUUUCGAGAGCGUGGCAAAGACGCUGCAAGAUCUGGAAAGCUUUGUGGAACGAUACCAGGUCAUUAAGAAGCACGAUUCCGGCUAUGAUUUUCUGGAAAAACGCAGUUGGAGCUCAGUUGUGCUGGCAAACUACCGCACCUUCAAGUGGACGACGGAGGGAGGUGACAUUCACGCGCUCAGGACAAUGCUGCAAAUGCAUGUCGAUUGCAUCGACUUGACUAUGCAGGCGCUCCAAUCGCGGAGUCUCACGCGCCUGAAGAAGACAGUCAUGCCCGUGUCGCGGAACGUGGCGUCCAUUCACGACAAAUCGAGCGCAGACCUGGCCCAGCGGAUCAGGGACGCACAUGAACUGAUCGCUCACAUUGUGAACAACCCUCCCUCAUCCGAGCCGAGAGGACGUCGACAAACCGCGAGUCACUUCCCUCCUUUCCAUGACAUUGCUGGCUACCAGGACGAACGGAAUGCGCGGGUCGUGGAUUGGAACUUUGAGACGGGCACACCGUCGCAUUUGAGAGGCAGCAUCAGUCAUGGCAGAGACUGGUGCGCAUCCCCGAUAGACAGCGCAUACGCAGGAGAAUGUUCCAGACGCACAUCGCUGCGAAGAGAGUCUCUGACUAUACCAGCACUGUUAUUCGCGACAGCCGGGGAAAAUCAUCCACCUGCUGCUUCUACUGACAGCCGUCCAGACAUUGACGAGGAGAAAAUCGAACCGCCGAUGAUGCCGCCGCUGCCGCCGCUGCCACUGCACAGCACGCGAAGACUACCUCAGCGUUCCUCGUCACGCCGAAGUGCGUCGCAGUCCAGAUCCGCAGAACUCCCGCCACCACCUGUCAUGCCAUUCGGCGCUCCCAGAGUCCGACAGCCCGUCGCAACACCCUCUCAUUUCUUCCCGUCACACUGGACAGAAAGUGAGGUGACAGAAGGGGUACAGACGGCCAGACCGAGGAUGAAAUCGCCCCAUCGAGAGACGGUACAAGCUGAGGCGCGCAGCGUCAACCUAGCAGCAAAGUUCGAGCAGCAGCUACUUCGGAAUGCUGCAAUACUAUGCGAUGUGCGCGGCCGACUCGUCGAGUUCGCGCAGCAUAACCCCGAAAUCCUCGAUAUGCGAUACAACGUUGAGAUGAAAGAAGCUUGCAAGGAAUGCCGAAUCUUGGUCAUCCGCAAACGAGAGAACCGCGAAUACGGCGGCACUAAAGUGGUCACCUCAGUCUGGUGCCUCUCCGACGACAACGAAGUCCGUCUCCAACAGAAACUCUCCGAAUCGCAAGAAACGGUACCCUACUGCUCCUACUUCGAGCCCGAGAAAGUCUCACUCGAGCCCCCCGACGAGCCCGGCGCGGGACUGAGAUUCCACGCGGAAGAGUGGGGUGGCAUGCUGAAGGAAGAAAAGAAAACCAACUGGAUCAACUACUACUUCGCCAUCGAGUCCGACGCCAUCAACUUCCAAUCCGCCGUCUUCGGACGCAUGCUUCUGGGCUCGUUUCGCACCACCAAGACCACCGUCAUCCACAAAGGCAUCCUCGGCGCUUUCGCUUUCGAAGAACAAUUCGCCAACAUCGAGCUGCUGCGAUUGUGGGAAGAAGACGGCGUCGAGACUCCCGGUGCGGUGGGCGGCGUCAUGGCGCUCAUGCACAUCUCGUCGAGUUUUGGCGAAGGCUGGGCGAGAUGGUGGAUCAACAACAGUCGUCAGCCCGUGACGAUCAAAGAGGAUGGAGUCAAAUACGCCCGCGUCAAGGGAAUCGAUGUGACGGUCGUCCGACCUGGCGCGACUGCUCGCAGAGCGAGAAGCGCGAGUUCGAGUGUGGCCGGCGUGGUGGAUACAUCAUUAUUGCAUGCAACACCACCAUUGCCAUCAACAUCACCAUCACUAUCACCAUCAUCAUCACCCUCACCAUCCCAUUUAUCAUCAUCCUCAUUCCAACCACAACACCAGCAACAUCAACCACAACACCAUCAACCAAUCAAGACAACCUCCGCUGUCGUUUUUCCUACUCCUCCUCUUCCUCCCACCACCACCACCACCACAACUGCAGUCCCCAUCACCACUACCACGACGGAAAAAGAAUCUUCUUCCUCUUCUUCCUCUUCUUCUUCUUUCAAAAAAGUCUCGGGCGUACGAAUCGAAUUCAAAAAUGAAGAAGAAAGAGGAAAAUUCCUUCAUGCGGCGGAAUUGGCUCAAAUGCGUUCUGUGCCUUUACCGGAGUUGUAG